AUACCAGAACCGCAGCAGAUCAGGAGACAGGUCUUUGUAUCUUCUUGGACGGGGCAGCUGAAGAGGACGCAAGCCAAGUUGCGGAGCAGCCAAUCGAAGGGUGGGGCCGGCUAAAGCCCAGCCAUGUGGGCUGGGCUGGGGCUUACCCUGGUUCUCUGUCUCCUCCCACGAGGAGGCACGGAGAGCCAGGAGCCAAGCACCCGUUGUAAAGAACCUCCAGAAUGGCGAAUCGGAGAACAAAACCCUAUGCUGGAUUCCAGAGGUCUCGUGACAGUGGUGGCUCUUCUCCAAGCUAGCUGAUACUUGUGCCUGUUGCAGGCUUCUCGACUGGAAGACCUGCGACUGAAGCUGGAAAGUUAUGGCUUGGUCAAUGUCUCUUUUAUGGUGAUCAAUCACCAAGAACACAAUUCCCAGCGGAAAUAUCACCUUCUAAGAGAGAAGGUUUCAGAGUACAUUCCUGUAUACCAGCAGGAUACGAAACAGCCCGAUGUUUGGACUACUCUAAAGGGAAAGAAGGAUGACUUCCUAAUCUACGACAGGUGUGGCCGUCUCGUGUAUCACCUUAGUUUGCCUUACUCUUUUCUGCAAUUUCCAUAUGUGGAAGAAGCCAUUCAGAUCGCAUACUGUGAAUCAAAGUGUGGAAACUGCUCUUAUCUGACACCAGAGACUGAAGAAAUAUGUAGAAACAUUUCAAAGAAGCCGGAUGAAAACCCAGCAGAAGCAGCACCUCUUUCCUCUCAGCAUGACCAGUUGCCUCCCCAUCGCCAUCAUGGCCAUCAUAGGGAAGAGAACCAUAGACAUCGGUCUCCACAGAACAAUCGGCGACAUAACAACAGAGUUGUGGUGCACAACAGAGAUGGACAGGCAGGUAGUCAGGAUAUUGUAGAAGCUGCCCCACAGCAAACAGUUGUGGUGGUUCCCCCACAAAGGAAGAGGCUUUGA